GCGUGGCUUUAGAGUAAAGCUCUAACUUGUUGCUUCACUGGAUUAGGUGGAACUUUUCCAGAGAAACAUUAACGAACAUUAGACGCUUUGAAAGUUCUCGCUGGCCAGGACAGCACGUGCUUUCUGCUGACUUUUCAGUACCGACUGAAACGAGUUGGGUUGUCACAGAAAUGUCUCUAGCAGUGCAAAGCCAGCAGUGGUUUCCCACCAGCGUCCAGGUAACGGUGCGCCAGGCGAGGGGUUUGCGGAGCAAGGGGAAGAAUGGCACCAACGACGCGUACGCCAUCAUGCAGGUGGCCAAGGAUAAGUUCUCCACCUCGGUGCAGGAGAAGAGCGUCGCCCCGGUGUGGAAUGAGGAUGCCGCGUUCGACCUGCCGCUCUUUCACCCCAGUAACGCGGAGCGCUGCACCCUACAUGUGUGUGUGAUGCACCGGGUUCUGAUGGGAUCCGAUAAAAUGCUCGGACAGGCGGCCAUCAACCUCCUGGAACUCCAAGACAAUAAAUCCCGUGAUAAAACUGAAUGGUUCAAAUUGAUGGGCAAGACAGGGAAGGCUGAUAAAGAGAGGGGUGAGGUGCUCCUAGACAUUCAGUUCAUGAAGAACAACAUGACGGCCAGCAUGUAUGACCUCUCUGGGCAGGACAAGUCACGCUCACGGCUUGGCAAGAUCAAGGAUAAGCUGAAAGGGAAAAAGAAAGAUGGCAUGUCGGAUUCUGCUUCAGCCAUUGUGCCUUCAGUCGGCCGGGUACUGACUGACAGUGAGGGAGAAGAAGAACCUGGUGCCACAUCCGGAGCCAAAAAGAAGAAUAAACUCAAGUCCCUAUUCGCACCCAAGCCUGGUUUGCACCGUAACCUUUCCCAGUCCAUGUCCACCCUUGCCACCCUGCCUGAAAAAGACUCGGCCAUCAGUCUGAGCAGAUCGUCUGGCCUGAAUAUAGAGUCUCCUGAAGGCAAAAAGAAGUUCAACUUUCUGAAGCACAAGCGAACAGGAAGCUCUGACAGCAAGGUUUCCCAGGGUACUGGGUCUCUUGGACUGGGCAUAGUGCAGAGCAACACGUGCGUCAACGGCAAUCACGUCUACAAAGAAAAUCCAGAGACCAGAGGAUCCAGUGCUGGUUCCACCUUCAGCCUGAACAGCUCAGGCCACGGAUCCAUGGAGGACCUGCGCAGAGGUCAUGACAGGAAAACCUCCAGCACCUCAAUGGACUCCUCGGACCAACCUCAAGAGAAUGCAGUGGAAGAGAUGCACAGAAGACAAGAGGAACAGAGGAAACAGGUGGAGGAAAGAAGACCGGCUAAAGAGGAUGAGAGGAAACCGAUUGAGAGAGAACAGGAAGAGGAGAGGAAACGGUUAGAAAGAGAGGAAGAGACAAGAAAACUACAGAAACUGGAAGAGGAGAGGAAAAGUAUUGAGAGAGAGGAGGAAAGAAAGAGGAUAGAGAUAGAAAAGGAAAGGAAAUUGUUGGAAAGGGAGGAAGAGAAGAGGAAGCUAGAGAAACAGAAAGAAGAUAAACGGAGGAGAAUUGAGGAAGAGGAGAGAAUGAGACUUGAGAAUGAGAAGUUGCAGAAAGAAAAAGAGACAAGAAAGUUGGAGAUGGACAGAAGACAAGAAGAGGAGAAACAACAGAAGGAAAAAGAAAAGAUGGAAGCAGAGAAGAGCAAAAAAAGAAAAGAGGAAGAAGAGAGAAGACUGUCAGAGGAGAGGAAAAGUAAAGAGCAAGAAAGAGUGCAACAGGAAAAAGAAAAGUUGGAGCUUGCGAACAAGAGAAUAGAGGAGCAGGUGAGAAGAAAGGCUGAGGAAGAGAAGGAGAAGAGGAAGCUGAAAGAGAAAGAAGACCAGGAGAGAAUCAGGCAAGAGAAAGAAGAAAUGGAAAGACAGAAGAAAGAGAAAGAACAGCAGCCCAAGGUGAAACCCAGGAGUGCUCGACUGAAUAUGAGUAAAAAAGCAUCUGACGAGAUUAACUCGGACCACAUCCUGUUCACCAGUCCCUUUGAAGACCCCCUCUUAUUCGACGAGAGCUCCACCAAUACCUUCGAACAGCCCUCCGUUUCUCAACCUGAAGUCCUAAGUCAGUCCACCAAAGUCUCUGCAGUCAAGCCAAGGCCCCAUGCAGUGAAACCCCUGAACACCACGGACAAGCAGCCAGACCUCAGAGAGACCCAAGACGCUUCCAGAUCUGCUAAAAUUACAGAUGACAUGCAAGUUAAGAUAAAGGCCCCAGAGGCUAAAGGGAUGGGACUGUACUCCCAGCUAACCCAUGAGGAAAUCAUCAACUUGUUGGAAAAGCAGAAGCAGCAGCUUUUUCAGAAGGAUGCUAAGAUUGGGGAACUGGAGCAGUAUAUAGAUAAUCUUCUGGUCCGUGUCAUGGAGGAGAACCCCAACAUCUUAAUGACCUUGAGCAUGAUGAAGAAGUCCGUUUGAGCACUUUUGUAGCAGAGUUUUGUAUUUAAUGUGCACUGUUAUCACAAAUAUGGGGUGAAUGUCAGUACACGGUUGUGGGUAAGUCACAAAGAUUUUCACUAAAUCCAGUAGCUGUAACUGCAGACACUAGUGAGCCGAAGAUCAGGGUGUACACUUGACGUCUUGGGCUGAAUGGUGACGAAAUGGAUGUUUGUUAUUUGACUAACUUCAGAUCCACCUAACCAUGUGACUGGUUUAUUCUUGGACAUGUUAAAAUAAAUCAUAUGUUAAGUAUUUUCUCCAAGUAUUUUUCCUCCAUUUGAAUUGCUAAUAUUCUUUGAUUAGUAUCAUAUAAAUAUCAUCUUUCAAAGCAUUCAAUGGAUGUGACCCAUAUGUUUAAUAAGUAAACAAAAUAGUGCUACAUAUAUUCUUGAAAAAUGUUUUAUAUAAAUAAAUUAAAAAGCUGUAUGAUAUUUUGUAGACAGAUAUUUGUAUUGAUACGUUGUUUUCUUUUCAGUGAGCACUUUAAAAGAAUCAGUUCAUCUGUAAAUAAUGAACAUGUGAUCAUUUGUACUUUAUGCCUUUUGUCAUGUAUGCUGACAGCUUUAUUAUUCUCUGCUUUUGAAAUAAAGAAUGUCACAGGCGUGGCUUUGUAAAGGGCUGCAUCACA